UUGCGCAUAGGUAUUCGGAGAUUUUGGACUUCCACAACAUUGACCAAGGCACCGACGGAAACCAAGCUCUUGUCGAAGGAGCUGGAGAUGGCCAGACGAGUUUUCAAUGAACCUAACUCUAUUUGAUGGUGUGGAUGCGGCGCAGGUAGCAACAAGAGCAUGACGCCGAGAGCGUAUUUCCCGCCUUUAUUUUUAUUUUUAUUUUUUAUUUUUUUAUUUUUUCGUUCUUAUAUCGGUAUGUAUGUAGACUGGGUAUUCAUGAUGAGAGCUGUGAUAUUGUUGAUUUACGACCGUUUAUUCCCAACACCUGCCUCUCCCCCGAUUUUGCCUCUCCUUGUUUUUUUAUCUAUUCCCCCCAUCCCAGUGUUCCUUCGUGAUAUCUUCCCUUUGUCAUUUCCUAGGCGUAUAUACAAGCAGUGUCUCUGGGGUUGACCGAUUUGGGGUCGGGGGGGUUGAAUGCUCUGUAACACGAAUUACUUCUUCCUUGC